UUCCACAAAAAUAAAAGUUGUAUUGUGAUUCGCAAACCCGAGAACUUCAGUUUCAGAUCGAUCCACCUACGGAGGGCGCACAAAUUCUAAAAGAAGUGAGCCGCAUGACAUGGGUCUCUGGUGAUUCACUGGUCAAAGACUCGGCUGCAGAACGAAACCUAAGAAUUUUGGUGGUGUGCAGAUAAGGAUUGCAUUACUGGUUCUGUGAUUGGAGAGAGAUAUGAAGCCAGACAUUCGGGGAAGGGAUUUGUAUGUGGCAAGCUAUUGAGGGAUUUGAGCAGUCGCUAUUGUCAGAUUGAAAGCCACUUCUUCCCCGCUGCUGUGAGAAGCAGGAACUUGUACAGAUGGAUAAAGGGAUGGAGAGGUUGAAACAGCUGGCGGGGCCUGCUCUGCUUCCUCAAUGUACAGUAAGCUCUCCACCGACAGGGAGUGAAAACGCUACGAGCCGGCCUACAGAGUCCGAGGAGCAGGACGACAUGAAUUUCACAGCUCUGGAAUGUCUGGAAAGGAAGUUCUCUGAUUACCUCCGCUCGCUUCCCGAUCUCUCACAGGAGCAGAAGCAGAAAGUAUGGAAUGGGCUUAUCUCCCUGUUCCUGAAGAUCUUUGACCACAACUCAAGUAAUUGGAUAAUGAGGUUCCCGAGUAUUUUGCCAUUCUCCAUUGAAGCCUCUAAGAUCAUGGUGCAAACAAUCAAACAGAAACUAGAUGGCAAAGUAGGAGAUGAAGCACGAUCCAUUGUUGAGGAGUUUCUUCAAUGGAACCAAGAUGUGGGAAGCAGUGAGGGCUGGCAGUUACUGAAAACAAUUCACCUAUUAACAGUAGCUGACUCAGAAACACUGAGAUGUAUUGUGAAAACAGGACUGAACUUAAUUCUUUUAAAAUGUCUGCACCUUUUUGCUUUCUCAUCCAAACGAGGGUCUGGAACAAUGGAAUCACAGACACAGGAUAGCAGCACAAUAUUUCAGGAAACUGUAACCCAUAUCAUGCUGCAUUUGUGCAGCCAGGUCUCUGCUGUAGAGGCAAUGGUGCAAACCAAUGACCUCAGGUGUCUGAUUUUAGCAGUGGCCUCCCAGUGGGACCAGUGCAAUUCAUCCUGGAGAACAUAUACAGGUCAUGUGCUGAAGGCCAUCUCAAAAACACCAACUAAAAAUAUCGUCCGAUAUUUACACGACAGUGAAUGUAUAAAGAAGUGCAUUCAGAAUUUGUCUGCAAUGGCAGACAAGUCAUCGGUGUACGAGGCAGCUCAAGCAGCAGUCCACGUGCUUUGCUUUGUGAAAGACUCUUAUCAAGUUUCUCCAGACUUACUCGCUGAUUUUGAAAGUGCUGAUGGUUACCAACUGUUAACCAACCUGCUCCUUGGGUGCGAUAAGGAACUGGAGAAGCAAGAAGGAAAAUCCAUGGAAGAACUUGUCGAUUUUUUGAGUUCCCUCACCAUCUAUGGUCAGAAACAAUUGAAGGUCACACCUUGUAUUGCAGGUUCUCAGUUCCCAAAUUUUAAGUUUCAGCAGCUGUCAGGGUCAGAUACAACGGUGAAAAACGUCCAGGCUUUCAAAGUCUUGCAAUUUGUAUUUCUCAAAACCACCAGUUCCUGCAUCUCGUCAAUGAUCCUGAGCAGCAUUAAAAAGAUCUGGAGUUGGGACAGAGCCAACUUCUUCCUGUUGGAAUGGACACAACAGACACUCUUUCAGUUCGCUGAGGUGAUAUACCUCAAGUCUCGGCCAGUACAGAUUCAAUAUUUUCAGAUGCUGCGGUGUGUUGUUAUCGACAUGUCUUACAUUCCCCACGAAGUCUUUUCAAGAGUGCAGGCCAUAAUCCGAGAGAACCUUUCUCCAGCCUGUGCCCUGCAGGCACUGGAGUGUGUGCUGGACAUUGCUAAACACGACCCAUUACUCACCAUUGUGUUCAGAGAGACCAGGCUCCUGGAAAUGCUCCUGACACAGCUUCAGAGAUCUGGAAAAAUGCUGAGGAAAGCAGGGAACAAGGCACCGUCCAGUGAGCAGCAGCACCAGAGGGAAGUCUCGUGCCUGAUGUUACAAGUUGUGGCCGUUCUGCUUCAAGGCUCUGUGAAAAACAUUGUGAUUCUCCGAGAAUAUGGGAUGGUUCCCUAUAUCAAGAUUUUUCUCGAUGACCAGUUCUAUCGAAGCCAUGCGCUGAGCAUCUUGGAGCAGAUAUUCAUUAUGAAUCCGGAGGAAUACAUGCGAGUAGUCAUUGGAGUGUUGUGCUCAGCAACUCAGACAGAAAUAGUGCUGAAACUUGACCUUCUGCAGUCCCUCUUAAAAGUGCUGGGAGUUCCUAAAGCUCGGUCUGCAUUCAGGACAGCCGGAGGAUUCAAUGCACUGCAGUCAGUGCUGGCAGACAUGGAAGGCGCCUUGUGUGAUCCACCUUCAGGCAACUGGGCUGCGGUGGAUCAGAAUGACAUCUGGGACCUCAUCCAAACAACUCUGUGUACUCUUACUGUUGCCAUGCACUCUGACCCUGUCAAUAGUCACUUCUUCAGAACACAGGGCCACUUCGACAAAAUGAUGGAAGAUCUCCGGCUUUUCGGUUGCUUCAGCAGUAAAGGAGGGCCGUUAGAAUGCCCACUCUAUGUCGAAUCCUGCAGAAAGUUUGAGCAGUUCCUGUGUUUAGCUCAUGAUUCCACGGAGGCUAUGAGACCCCCUUUGAGGAAAUGUAUUAAACUUUUCGAUUUUCUGGACAGGAUGGCCAAAGGCACCUUGUCUUCUCCUUGUCCUACUCCACAAACCAGAGAAGAUCUUGCCACAAGUCACAGUGAACCAUAUGAUGAACAUGGUGCACCACAGAUAACUGGGAGUCAUCAGGACACAUCUGACCCCAUUGCUGAGCCUUCAGAACAACAGCUGAAAAUUGAUCUGGAAGACAGGUUUGCUGUGGACUCUGCCCUCGUGCAUCCAGGAGCUAUUUGCGUUAUGAUGGAUCUCUUACCGAACAUAAGCUGUGAAGGAAUACCUCAGCUAUCUCUGGAGCUGCAAUACGCAGUGGCUGAUUACGUUCUGUCUCUCGUCAAAUCAGAAAGGAACCGGCAGGUUAUGUGUGGAUCUGGACUUUUGACCAUCCUGAUAAAUCGCUACAAGGAGCCAUUGGCUGAUAAUGACAAUGUGUUACACUUGCCCCUCAUCAGGACCUUUGAGAAGCUGGCUUGUCAAGCUGUUGAGCCACGAAUACUGAGACAGUUCUUGUGCCUUGGUGAGCCCCUGAACUGUACAGUUGGAAAGAAGCAAAUGUGUGUCUCGUCUGGUAAACAUCAAACUGAUCUCUCCUGGUGUCAAGUUGCUUCCAAUGAGGCAGACUGGGGGAGGAGAGAAACUGUCAACCGAAGGGGGUCACUGAUUGCAAAGCAUAGACCGAUGCGAAACUUCAGUUUAUCCCACGUGUCAAGUCAGAAGGCAAUACCACGGCACCGCGUCAUGAGCUUAGUCUCCAUGAUGUCUUCUCGGCAAUUCCACCCAACCAAAUCGUCUACAGCUCCCUCCUUUGCAGAGUUUGACAUGUCUGUUGUUGGAUAUGGGUGCUGUUUUUUACCUACUCUGGCAACAGUGAGUGGAGUUAAUGCCGAAUCCCCGAUUGCUGGUGGGAUUGGAGAUGGUUGCAGGGGGUUUCCACCACCUGGUGGCUUCACUUACUCCACGUGGUUCACGGUCAUCAGCUUCAGUUCUGCUUUCGAUGCCCAUCCAAUUCGUUUCCUCACUGUCUUCCGUCACACGUCGAAGAUGGAGAAAGAUUUUGUUUGCUUAUCAAUCAGCAUUUCGGCAGCAGAAAAGCAGUUGGUCAUUUGCACUCAGGAGGAGGUCUUUGAACCCUUCGAUUGGAGCGAACCAAGCCAGAACCAGCAGCCGUCUGCAUUAACCUCUGUCAAGUUCAACAUCUCCAAGUACUUAACUUGUGAUCAGUGGCAGCAUUUAGCUGUGGUAUUGAACAAGGACCCUCGAAGAAACACAACCGUACUCGCAUACUUAAAUGGAAAAGCCAUAGGAACUGCUAAGAUUCAAUACAUUCAGACAUUUCCAGGAAUGCACUUUUCCUCUGAUUCAUCAGCUGUCAUCGAUGUUCAUGGAAUUAUAGGAACUCCACAGAUUUGGAAACAACGGUCCUCUUUAGUUUGGCGUCUCGGACCGACUUUUCUGUUUGAAGAGGUGAUUCCUGAACAAAAUGUUGACACCAUUUAUCAGUUGGGACCAAACUAUUUAGGAAACUUUCAGUCUGUUUAUUUGCCUGGAAAUGAUUUAACCAAAAUGUCAGAGCCUUCAGUACUUGUGGCAGAAGAGAAGGUAUCCUUUGGUAUCAAUGUAGUGUCAUCUGCGGUGAUGACUGUGACAGACAUAAGAACUCACUACAAUGAAGUGGAUAGCCGAUUAAUAUCAAGUGAGUUGGGAAUUUCGUCUCGAGAUGAUGCGAUGCCUAUUGUUCUGGCAAAGAAUAUGGCCAGCCAUCUUCCAGGUCUUGCUCGAACUAUUGGUGCACCAAUUGCAAGCUUCUUUGGAGUCAGGACGUUUUUUUCGAAUCCUGCUGCCAACUGUUUGCAGUUCAUCGGUGGUCCCGCUGUGAUAUUAGGCCUGGUUGCCAUGGCGUCUGAUGACCAUGAGAUCUAUGCAGCUGUCAAGGUCCUGAUUUCGGUUUUGAACAGCAGUACUCUGUGUGAAAAAGAGAUGGGACGCAUUAAAGGCUACAGGGUUUUAGCGCUGCUGUUAAAAAUAAAGGUGAAAUUGUUAAACGCCAGAAUUUUUCAACUUAUCCUGACCAUCGUUGGAACUGCGGAGUUGGGCCAAGGAACCUCAACAAUUCACAACAGCUGUGCUUUCAGUGACCUCCUCUGUGAUUUUGAGAUUUGGCGGAAUUCUCCGGAUUCACUUGAUCUGCUGCUUUUCAACCAUUUUCUGGAACUUCUCAAAAGCAGUGCUAGACGUCACAAUGCUGAGGUCAUGCACAGACUUCAGUUGAUACCAAGACUUGUCUUUCUACUGAAUGACCCCAAUAAUACCAAGUCAAAGGUUCAUGUCAUAUGCACCAUCCUUGAAGAAUUACUGAAAAGUUACUUCACCACAGCAGACCUCCUAAGGAUUGGAUUAUUCCUUACUUACACUUUGCCUCCAGCUUCCAUGAAUGAAAAAUUAAUUUCACUCGAAAUGGUUUCUGAUACAUCGAUAGAUGUCAUACAUCAUGUACCUGGACGGACUAUAUGGCUAAGAAACCAACUAUUGAGGACACUGCUUGAUGUGUGUUGGAGUCACCUUAAUCAAAAUUCUAAAGAUCAAGAGAAAAUGUUUACUUCGCUGGGGCCUGACUGGUUCCUGCUUUUCAUGCAAGCUCAUCUUCAUCCAACCACCGUCAUCCUGAGUACAAGACUAUUGCUUCACUUCCUGUACAAUCCAGCACUGUUGGUCAAGUUUAGAGGUGGCAUGCGAGCAAAUGCCUGGUUGGAGAACAGUACUGCAGAGUGCAGCAUCCUAGUGGACAAUAUCAAAACUCGACCCCAAGCCUGCAGCCAGACGCCGUAUUUAGUUCCUGGAUUUGAAAUAAUGCAGAUGUUCUUGAGCCAUCAUGCUUCCAUACCUGAGCUGUACCUACUCCUGGCUGCAUUGGUUUUACAGAAACCACUUGAAGAGAUGCCAGAGGAUUCCAAGAUGGACCUUGACAUGAUGAUUACUUGGCUUCUUGAGCAAGUGAAACCAAAUCAGAGUGACAAGUCUGUUAAAAUCCCGAAUGGAUUGUGUACUGAAGCUGCAUUGGUUUUGCUGGAUUUGGUGAGAGCUACAUUAAGCAAGCCGAUCUCUGUGGAUACAGAUAACUCGUGGGAGGUCACUUACCCUGGCAAUGUGAUGCAGUUCUUUUGUCUGGUCUACUACAUGAUUCCAGAUGAGCCUUUGUGGAGGUCACCAGAGUUUCUUCAUAGCCUGGCAGCAGCUGGUUUCCCUAUGGCCGGAUCCCCCUGCUACACGCCUGAUGGUGGAAUCAUGCCGCAAGAAAGUCUAACUUCAACAGCUGGUCCCCAGCCUCAAUUGUCGAUGCACCCAGCGAGGAAGCAAGUUUCCGAUUUUAUACGCAUCCUCCUUUUGUACAGCUUUAUGAACAUUCCCGCCAACAAGCAGUUACAUCCUAUUGAGAUUCUAGUCGAGGUGUCACCAGAGAGAGCUACUGCUGAACAGAGGAAGAGCUUCCAAACUGAGAUCCUACUUUUCGUCAUGGACAUAUUUCACAUUAUCUGUGAGGAGCAAACUGUAAUGAAGGCUUUGGGCAGAGAAGGUCAGAAAGCUACAUGCAAGGCCACUGAGGGGAACUUGGCAAUGAUGUUUGAAAAUAUCACUUACUUCAGCCAAACAUUUGUUGACAAGCUGUAUGCUCGAAUGUUUGACGUGAACCCUGAGAAGAUUCUUCGUCUCUUAACUGAGCAGAUUUGUACUGUAAUGGAGCAAGCCUAUUCCCAGAAGGAUCACGUUAUGAGCAACCUUUACACCAGUUUGAACAGAGCCAUUUUGUAUUGUCUGUCAAGGCGAAGGCAGUCUCCUUCUGACCUACUGAUCUUGCUGAACAUUCUUAGAUUCCUACAAGAACAAUGGGACAUCAUUUUUGCAACAUAUAAUUCCAGCUUAUCUUUUACCAUUUGUCUCAUUCAUUGCCUUUGUCAGAUAAAAGCUGGAAGCUACCCUGAUGGAUUUGGAGUGGGGACAAGCAACAAAAAAGCCUCGUGGAUUUUACAGUCAGCAUCCAACAGUGAAGAUUAUGAUGGAUCCUUUGAAGCAAUGCAUGCUGAAGAAGCUCAAAAGGAGCUAAUGGAUUCGGUCGACUGGGUGUGGAAUCAUCUCAUGUCGCAGAGAAGACAGUUUCUGGAGGACAUCUAUAAGAUUGACCUCUCAGUGAAACAGAAAUCAAAUGAGACUGUCGUGGACUUCUCUGAGGUUUCACCAUUGUGGGAGGAGUCUGCAACCAAGGCCUGGCACCAAUAUAUAGCUUCAGAAAGGAAGAAUUUGUCAAGUAAAGGUGUGCUGUCACAGCUCCAGCACAGUAAGUCUGAGUGGCUGCCAGAGAGCUUGUCAACGGCCAUGCGUUCAGUCAGCAAACGGAUUUUGAAAGAGGCCAACCGCCUGACUAUGAAGGAUUUCACCACUGCUAUGGACAUGCAGAGGAAAACUGGACAAGAAUUAUUUGCCAGUCUCCACAAAGAAAAUUGCCAGAUGCAGCAGUGCAUUCUGAACCAAACGUCGAAAGACUGGGCGAAGAUGGAACAACAGCUGCUUCGAGAGAGAGGAUUAUGGGGUCCUUCAUCAGGGUCACAGCAGGGUGCGUGGAUACUGGACAUGGCUGAGGGCCCCUGUCGAAUGAGGAAGAAGAUGCGACGAAAUACCAUUUGCAUCAAUUAUGCUUAUAAUGCAUGUCGAGAAAAGGAGCCCAAAAGUGAAUCCAGCAAGAACCUUGCACUCGGUUUUGGAAAUAAGGAGUUUUACAUGAAGUUAUGUUCUACUGACAAACAUGUGGAAAACACUGAUAAGCAAACUUACCCAGGGUUGAUGUUGAACUUUGCCGAGGACAACGUCGAUGAGCGAGGCGUGGACUGCAAUCAGCUGACGUUUUUCCCAGCCCUGAUCGAAAGCAUCCAAUCGGAAGAAUUCUUUGAGGACUGCGUGGAGAGACAUGUCAUUCUGCAGGCUUUCGAUGCGAAAGAGAAGAUCAACGCUAAAUACUCCCUCAUUGUGGCUGACAAUCACUUGCUGAUGGAAGGUGUUCUGCUUUUUGGGAUAAGUCACUUCUACGUGUGUGAGAAUUUCACACUGUCUGCUUCAGAAGAUGUUUACUGUGUUCAUCACCAUCCUUCAAGUAUUAAUGAUUCCUACAUUUAUGACAUGUGCAACAAGGAGACCAGUGGGAAACAUCCGAAAUGUUCCAGAUAUUCAUACAAUGAAGUUCGAGAAAUCCAUCAUCUUCGAUUCCUCCUUCAGGACGUCGGACUUGAAAUCUUUUUAAAGAACGGAUUUUCGAAGUUACUUAUUUUCCAUAAAAACGACAGGAAAAAGAUCUUCAAGAAGUUCUGCCAUGCUGUACCCUCCGUGAAAAAAAGCAAAAAAGAUGGUCUUAAAAAUGUUGGAAAAACGAUGGGUGAGAAAGCAGUUACACAGAAAUGGCAGAAAAGAGAGAUCAGCAACUUUGAGUAUCUCAUGUACCUGAACACUUUGGCAGGGCGAACCUAUAAUGAUCUGAUGCAGUACCCAGUAUUCCCCUGGAUACUUGCUGAUUACGACUCUGAGGAGUUGGAUCUGACUAAUGCAAAGGCAUUCCGAGAUCUCUCGAAGCCCAUGGGAGCGCAGACUGAGGACAGGAAAGAAAAAUUUGUCCAGCGGUAUUUUGAAGUUGAAAAUGAUGGGGACUUAAUGGCACGGUGUCACUACUGCACUCACUACUCUUCAGCGAUAAUUGUUGCUUCGUAUCUUGUCCGAAUGGAGCCCUUUACCCAGAUUUUCUGCUCCCUCCAGGGGGGAUGUUUCGACGUGGCGGACAGGAUGUUCUUCAGCAUCAAGAAAGAGUGGGAGUCUUCCUCCAGAGACAACAUGAGCGAUGUCAGAGAGCUGAUCCCAGAGUUCUUCUACCUGCCUGAUUUCCUGCUUAACCAUAAUGGCCUCGAAUUUGGUUCCAUGCAGGAUGGGACGACCCUCGGUGAUGUGAUCCUUCCUCCUUGGGCUAAAGGUGACACUCGAGAAUUUAUCCGAAUGCAUCGGAUGGCUCUGGAAAGUGAUUAUGUCUCUGCUCAUCUCCAUCACUGGAUAGACUUGAUAUUUGGUUACAAGCAGCAAGGUUCAGCAGCAGUCGAAGCUAUUAAUGUUUUCCAUCCUUACUUCUAUGACGACCAGAUUGAUCUCCGUAGCAUCAAAGACCCUUUGAAAAAGACUACCAUCAUGGGUUUUGUCAGUAACUUUGGGCAGAUCCCUAAACAGCUGUUCACUAAAGCCCAUCCUGCGCGGAAUGCCCAAGGAAAGCACUCUUCGGGAAAGGAGUCUGCUGCCUCUUCCCCUGCUGCCCUGCCCUUCUUCUACCACUCGCAGAAUCUCAAACCCUCUUGUGUAAAAGAGCUACUGAAAGGAGCUGUUGGACACAUUGUACACACUGAGAAGGGUGUUCUUGCUGUGGAGAAGAAUAAAUUACUGAUUCCACCAGAUUGGAGCAGAAUGUUUUGCUGGGGAUAUGAUGACUUCAGCUGUUCUCUGGGGAACUAUGGUGCUGAGAAGAGUCUAACUGCAUUUGAAUGCCUGUCGGACUGGGGACAAUGCCUGUGUGCUGUGUCUCCAAACGCAACAACUGUUGUCACUGGAGAGACAAGCAGUGUUGUCUGUGUGUGGGAAAUCUCAGCCAACAAAGACAAAGCCAAAAGCAUGAUGCUUAAGGAGGUACUUCACGGACAUAUAGAAGCAGUCACUUGUCUUGCGGUGUCUUUAACUUACAAUGUGAUUGUGAGUGGAUCUCGUGACAGGACAUGCAUCAUCUGGGACUUUAACACACUGACCUAUGUCAAUCAGCUUCAGCAACAUGAAGCAACAGUUUCUGCUGUCUCCAUUAACGACUUAACUGGUGACAUUGCCACUUGUGCAGGGACCUUCCUCUACCUGUGGACAAUCAAUGGGCAGCCAAUUGUAAGUGUCAACACGGCCUCUGACCCGACAGAGGAAAUUCUGUGCUGCUGCUUCACGGAAACCCACGAAUGGGACUUGUACAAUGUUGUCGUGACAGGGUGUGCUAACGGCGUUGUGCGGCUGUGGAAGACAGAGUUUCAAAGACUGCAAGUCACCAAGAAUGAUGGAGGGAGAGUGGUGGAAAAGAACGGUUACAAAUGGGAACGGCACCUUGUCCUUUGUCAAGAGCUGAGCAGAAGCAGCACAUCCGCCGGGAAACAGAACAAGAGGAGUCCUGCAGUCACAGCACUGGGCAUCUCCAGGAAUCAGGCUAAACUAUUUGUGGGUGAUGCAUGGGGCAGAGUCUACAGUUGGUCGGUUGAAGGCUGAAAUAAUAACUGCAAGUGGGAGAUCGAUGAUGAUGGGUUCCAUAAAGAUAAAACGGCCUCCAGUGAAGAAUUUAUUGGCUUAAGCAGCACUGGCUGGGAGAUUUUGCUGCUGUACGAUUGCAUUUGCAUACAUUUGGAGCAGCACGGGCUGAUUUGAACUGGUCCAGAUGCAAGGUUUGGGCAAUUGUACAAGGGAAAAUUUGAUUGAAAUUAUAAUUUUUAAGCGCUAGAAAUUCAUUGGAAUUUUAUUGCAAACGAUGACUUGAUGCCAUUGGAACACUGUACAUGAGUGCACGGAGUUUUGCAGCUGACUGCUGUGUGAAAUCCACUUUCUCGGGCUCUGAAGCGGAGAAUGAAAAUUUCCGACUUGACGUGGCUUCCAGUUGCUGCCAAUCUGAACGCGUCAUGGACCGCACUCACCAGAAGUGAUCCUGGUCACUGAAGUAUUCGGUGGAAGCUGUUCUCAAUAACAUGACGCAUGUCAGUGGAGUGCCUUCUGAAUGGAGGGACAUGCACAACAAAUUGGAUCUUGAAGUGCAGCAGGAACCAACUCCAUUUGAGACUGACAUUGCCAAGACAAGAGGUUGAUACUUCAGUGUUUAGUGUCAAGCACGAGUGUUCAAAAAAAAACAAAGCCUAAAAGCAAGCAUUUGAUUACAUUAUACACUGGGAGAACAUGUUCGUUCUGAUGUAAACCGCUCACUUGCUGGUAUUUUCGAAUCGGUGCAUUUAUAGGGGAGGGCUGCUAGUCUGAAUAAUUUUGGAGAGGGAGAAAAUGCUCUUCAGUUUUUAAGAAUGAAAUUGGCCAUUCCACAUGGUGUCAGAAGUAAUUUCCCCAUUUCUCUUUAAGCUGUUUUGCAGUGUGUCCUGCAACAACUUAUAAGUGCGUGCCUACAGCCUAUUGGGAUCUGAAAGUCAGCAGGGUUGGAUGUGUCCUUUUAGGCGUUCAUUCCUGAAGGCACUUAGCCAAGGUUGUGGCCGUAAAUUAUAUACUGAAGGUCCAGAUCCACAACAGCAACAGAUGUUCAGUUGGUAGUAUCGGAUGUGGGGUAUGAAGGGCAAUUAUUUUGAGGACAGCUAUUUUCUCACUAUUAGGAAAUGGCAGCGUAUUUGAAAUUAUGAUUAUUAUUAUUAAAAAAAGCUUCAUUGUGUAAAUUUGCAGAAUGCAACAAUGCGAAUUUGUGACCAUUAAGUGUCACCAUGGGUUUACCUAUCCUUCUCACACAGUGUAAAUUGAUAAAAAAAAACAGAAUAUACACAGCUAAGGUAUGGGGUGGCUUUAAUCUUCACAUGGUGAUCACAUCCAGCGUUUGUACCUCAAUAGAAUGCUGUUUUCUGUAAUCAUGUAAAUACAGAUGAUCAAAUAAAGUUCGAAUAAACAGGAAGAGA